AGUGUCAGCAAUGCUGUCUGGAUUUAGUUUUUUAUAGGGUUAAUGUUUUCCAAAUUACUUGUGUGUGAGAUUGAAAGUGAAGGGCGUGCUCCUGGCUGGGAGAAAAGUGUGUGAGCGCGGCCCUAAUGCGGAAUCUCAUUAAGGCAACUGUCAGGAUUCUUCUAUUUUACUCUCACCUCUCCUAUUCCGUAAGAGCCAGACUGUCGUUUCGAGUGAGUCUGCCGCCAAAGAGGCAUUUACAAAUAAAUGAAAAAUGUCACAAUUGAUUUUACUCUUCCAAGACUACAGCGUGUCAGCUUUGUCACAAACUGUCUUUGUUGUUCUCUGUCUUCCAGGUCCAGCACCAGCACGUGGUCGAUAGUUACUGACUGGUUCGGGCCCUUUCCUGCCUCGGCUCCGGUAAGCCCUCAGACAAUGACCUUUUAUUUGUGUUGCUUUUAUGUGUUCUGCAUCUCAUCCUCUGGCUGAAAAUACCUCACUGAUCAGCGUUCAGGAGGGGACGGCGGAGCAGGAAGCAUGGAAGCGGGGGGAAAUAAAGCAGGAAAAUGGCGUGGCAUGCUGAUAGGAGUAUAAGCGUAGUACGGUUUUUAACCCUUGCGUUGAAGCGCGUCUCCGGAAAUGUUGAAGCAAUGUUGCUCGCUGUUAUGAGCACCAUUUAACCCUAAUAUCCUAAAAAUCCUUGCUAUCUUCCUUUGGAUGACGGAUUUCUUGAAUGGCCGUGUCGGUACCUGCUGGUUGCAGAGGAUCACACUGCUGUAUAACGGACAUGGCGUAUAGGAAAGUACGUGCUGGCCGCAGUUCUCUCCGUGUGCGAGAUCUGGAGAACGAGGAGCUUCACACUGCUUCCUUGGAACUAGAAUGGGACAUGGAGAAAGAGCUGGAGGAACCAGGUCUGGACCGCUUCCAGCUGGAGUGUGUGGAGCAUCAACCUGUGAGCAGCUCUUCCGGUGGAGGCAUGGACCCAGACCUGGAACCAAUCCAACCUUCCGUCUCCCCCCACGGACGUUUCGAGCGUCUGCAGGAGGACCCUAAUUACGUUUCUCGUUUCAGCCGGUCGGUACCCAAGGGCCAGAGAAGGAACGGGACCUGUGUCGCCAAAUACUUGUUAGCCGGGCUGGUAGUGUUUGCUCUGGGGCUGCUCAUUGGACGAUACGCCUUCAGCAAGGAGCAAGUGAAGGUAGAGCCAAGUGCAGACACAGACGUGCUGGAGAAGAUUGUUCAGGGAAUCACAGCUGAGAAGAUACAAGCACUGCAGAGGGACUUUGACAACUUGUCCGAUCUCACGGAAGAGUCCAAGGUCAGGUACAUUGCUCAGCGGUGGGAGGAGCUCGGGUUAAAAGACGUCCAGUUGACCAAUCACACGGCUCUUCUGAGCUAUCCGGGACCAGCCCUCAGCACGAUCACCGAUAUAGGUGGAAACCAGUGUUACCUGUCCAGCGGAGCGAUGUGUGACCAGCCAUUCACAUCCACGACUGAACCGUUUGCCUUUGCAGCCUAUUCGGCUGUGGGAAAUCUAGUGGCAGAGGUGGUGGACAUUCAGUACGGGAGUCCAGGGGAUUUGAGACGGGUCCAAGCCAGUGCAAAUGUGACCAAUAAAAUAGCACUGCUGAAACUUGGACAAUCACCUUUGCGUUACAAGCUCUCUCUCCUGGCAGAGGUGGGAUUUGGUGGCUGUCUUCUCUAUGUAGAUCCAUGUGAUGCCCCAUUUGGAAGUAAGACAUUUGGGGUAACCCUGAACCCAGGAGGGAACCCGUUUUUUCGAGAAGACACCAGUACUGCCAGAAGAGACAGUCGCCACAACCUGACAUCAUUGUUGGUUCAGCCCAUCUCUGCCUCCUUAGCGAAAAUGCUGCUCUCUGCCCCUACCAUGGGGCAGGGAAGACCCUGCGUCCCCAUGGCCAUGCCCUCAGCCUCAGCAAGAAAACUCAUAAAUCUCACCAUUGAAAACCAGGCAUCCUUCAAGACUGUGCACAAUGUUAUUGGAUAUCUCAAAGGCAAGACCAAUCCAGAUCGAUAUGUACUGGUUGGCAGUCGUCAUGGCAGCUGGUACGAGGGUGCGUUGGCGGACUGGGGGAAAGGCUCUGCAGUCAUGACUCAGAUAAUUGCCUCCAUGACGGCUCAAACCCGUGCGGGCUGGCAGCCUGACCGCACCGUCAUCUUCUGCUCCUGGGGGGGAACCUCACUGGGCAACAUUGGCUCCUUUGAGUGGGGGAAGGAGAAUGCAGUGGUUCUUCAGAGCAGGGCAGUGGCUUAUGUCAGCUUGCACAAUCCCGUCAGAGCCUCUGGAUCCCUGCAGGCCAUAGCGUCACCUUCCCUUCAGCAACUGGCAGCUGAAACCCAAAAGAGACAUUCGAUGAGCUGCAGCAGAGGAAGUGGUUGUCCUGGUCCGAAUGUCAGCUCGCUGCAGACAUCUGGAGAUUUGAGCUUUUUCUCCAGUCAACUUGCUGUCCCCACAGUGGAGUUUACAUACUCAGAGUUCCCUAAAACAGAGAGAGCUAUUUUUCUCACUGAGGCCUUUUUCCCUCCUGAGUCUUUAUUAAGAGAGACCUUGGAUCCAGCCUUCAAACUCCAUGAGACUAUUGCCAAGAUCACAGCCGAGGCCAUCCUGCGACUUGCUACGGACCCCGUUCUUCCAUUUUACCCUUUGGAUAUCGCUCUUGAUGUUCAGAACAAACUCAAAGAUGACCCACUUUGCCGGCAGGACCUGCUAAACGUGGCUGCAUCUUUGAGAGACAACUCAGCUUUCUUCCAAUCUGAGGUCAUGCGUCCUGCCAAUGACCCCAAAGAGAGAGAUCCCGCCCACGUACGCAUGCUCAACGACGUCCUACGAGACCUGGAAAAAAGCUUCCUUAUCCCAAACCCACCUCUCGGCCUUUACAGGAACAUUCUCUAUUGCUUGAGCAGACAAUCUCCACGCUUCUCAAUCCUGAAGGAUGCCCUAGAGGUCCCCUGGCACAACAGCGUCAACCAGUCCCUGACUCUGGUAACCAGUGCCAUCAGUUCAGCAGACAAACUCAUAGAAAGUGGACUUAACCUGUUUGAGAAUGAAAAUGACAUCCCGCAAUGACAUCUGAAAAGAGAACACACCUUACGGCGUCAGAAUAUGACACAAUCCUGAGAUCCUCUGGUCGACACAGAGGUUUCCAAGGAAUCUGAAGACACUUUGAGAAAUAGAGGGUAUCAUUAUUAAGUGCACUAUUAACCUGAGGUUCACUUGAGGAGUUUCUUCAGGCCAAUACUAAGUUAUUGUUUUUGUUCCUCUAAUGAUGUUCAAAAAUGGAUCUAGAAAGAUUGAUGACAAAAGAGUCAGGGAGCUCGCAGGGUCGAGACUUUUUGUUCUGGGGAAAAAUACCAGCAGGUUUAUCACUUAUAUUUCCAAUCACACAAACCCAAGAGGACGACUGGAAGUCAGGACUCAAAGCAGGUUCAACUUGAUGUUUGAAACACAUUUCAAAAUGUUUUUAGGAUAUAUGUUUUUUGGUUAAUAAUACUAAGACUAGUCCACCAUUUUUUCAAAUGGCAAGCAAUGACCUUUGAAAAAGGAGAAAUGCUGUGACUCGAAAUCAACAUGGAGUCAGAUGUGAUAAUGCAGAAUGUACUAAUACUGAUACUGUCUGAUUGAAAAGAGAAAGCUGAAAGGAAGCUACUGUGACAAUCUCUCAGGGGUGUUUGUUUAAGAAUCUGUAGAAAAAAUAGGAACUGCAGGUAAACCCAUUUAAGUUGAACUAAGAGAGCUUGAGUCAACAAAACAAGAAUUCAGGGUAAUGAUUGUUCUGAUACAAAAAAAAAAGCAUUUAGGCAAUACAGUAGUGGUAUCGUUUGUAAUGUACUAAUAGUUUUGUAUAUGAAAGUAGUCAUAGUAUUUUAGUUUAUAGGUCAUAAAUUCAAGGUGAACAGAGGCAAGUCUUUAAGAGGGCUGAAUUGAAUUUGCAAUUUGAUUGGGUGACAUUAGACCAAUGAGGAGCCAUGAUGGCAAAUAUAUAAGCUACACAAACAGUGCAGGUGUAUGAUGUCAUAAUGGACUGUGUCAUGGUAAUGUCAAGUUAACGUCUUUUAUAUUCUGGAGGCCAGUGUAUUUGUUCUCAGCAUUUGCACUAAUGUUGUUUUUCUUCUGGUAACUAUUUGGGGGGAAUUAGGAUAAAACUAAUAUCUUCCCUUUUACUUUAGAUACUUAACUUUUACAGUAGUAGUUCGCCCAAAAAUGAACAUUUGAUGAAAAUCUACUCACCCUCAUGCCAUCCAAGAUGUAGAUGAGUUUGUUUCUGUAUCAGAAUACAUUUGGAGAAAUUUAGCAUUGCAUCACUUGCAAUGCUAUGGAUUCUCUGCAGUG